AUGAUAAUUAAAAUGAGCUAAAUGAAAUUUAACGACAUUCACACAACGUAAAGUUGUAAUCACUUAAAGAUUAACCAUAUUAGAAAUCUGCUCCAGUAAUAGACAGCUCUCGAAUUUUGUCUAACCAAUUUUAGAAUUAAAGAUAAGUUAUCAAAUAAUCUUACAAAAAGCACCCUCAAUAGGAACAAACUUCCUAAUAAAUAUAAAUAUAGUCUGAAGAUGAGCUUAAUUCAAGUUUAAGGUUUGAAGGAGAUAAAAAUGAAGCUGUCGAUGAUUAUAAUAUAACUUAAAAUAAGCAAAAAAAAUAUAAUACAAUCCAAGUAAACUCUGAAGAUUCAAGCAACUAAUUUUAGUUUAUUAGCAAAAGUGAAUUAAUUUUAAAUAACCAAAAGAUAAUACCUUAAUAUGCUAUAAAUAAUAACAAAAAAAAAUCAAAAAAACUACCUAAAAAUUUUAGUACCUUGCCAGUUUAGUCAAUUCCUGAAAUAACAUAAUAACCAGAAACAGCUGAUUGAAUACUAUUUAAUGUUAUUUAAAUAAACGUUAACAUACAAAUAAAUAAAUAAUAAAAUUAAAUUAAAAUAAAAUAAUUUAUUCACAAUUAAAUCAAAAUAAAUUAAAAUAAUUUUUAAAAUAACAAAUAUUAAUCUAUAAAUAAUAAUUAAUUUAUAUUUCUUUUUUUCAAAUUUAAAAUUAUUUAUUUCAAUAAAUAAAAAUAUCUUAAUUUAUUUUUAAAUUAUUGUAAAUAUUUUUAUAAAAAAUGAAACAAUUUAUUUAUAUUUUCAAGAUUGA